GUGGGAAAAAUUAGUAUUGUCUAAAGGACGAAUGGCAACUGCUAAUGCGAUUUUUAGGGUUUGAGCUUGAGAUGGUGGUAGACGACGGGGGUGAGGGAGGAACGAGAGAUGGUCUCUCGGUUGCUCUUAUGGAUUGUCGAUUUAGGGAUUGGAUUGGUUUUCCAUUCCCGUAUGUUGCUAGACAUGAUCAGGUUUUCUCAGAUCUGGCCCCUUGUGGGGGAUCUUCGAUUUAUUGGGUUUCUAUAUUAAGGGUUCAGAGAGCUUUGAGGGGGAAAGAUUUACGGGCUCAUGGUGAUGGGUGUUUGAAUCUACGAUUCCCAUUUAUAACUAAUGGCAUCUGCGUUGAAGGUCGAUUGGAUUUGAGGUUUCCAUUUCUGGGUGAUUGGGUUGAUUCGAAUCUCCAUUUGCUCUUGAGUUUCUCAGAGAUCGCUGCUAUAAUGGAGAUUAUUCUCUUGGCAACAGUUAAUGAGAUUCUCUUUCCUUGUUUUUGGUGGGUAGCUGGUAUGAGGAUAUUCGGAUAUUUACUGCCACAGAGAGUUUUGGAAGGUAAGCGGAUACGAUCUUGGUCCCUUCUGGGUUCGGUGGAACUGGUCUGUGGAUAUAUAUUUAGCUGGCUGUGAGGCUUCUUUCUUCACGAUUUAUCUCGGUUUCUUCUUAAUUCUUGGUGGGUUCGUCGGUAUAGUAUUGUUGGUGCAUUCUUCCUGUUCUCUCAGAGGUUUUUUUUUUGCAUUCGUGUCUGGGGUUUGAUAUGGCUCAGUUGGCGCUUAACAAAGGCAAGGCUACGUUAGCCCGUACAGAGGUUGUGAAGAUUUCUGGUUCUGUUUUGGCUCAACGGAUUCAGCAGUUCUCCCUCACUCUAAUUGGGCGAUUGAUGAAUCCAGCUGUUCAGAGGAUGGAGUCGCUUGUUGCUAAUUUGCCUAAGAUCUGGAAGUUGGAAGCAAAAGUUAUGGGAGCGGAUUUGGGUCAGGGAACAUUUCAAUUUAACUUUGAAGACGAGGAGGAUCUUCUUGGAGUCUUACUCAAUGGUCCUUACCAUUUUGAUGGUUGGAUGAUCUCACUGGUUCGUUGGGAACCUAUAGUGUCUGAUUCCUAUCCCUCAGCCAUCAGUUUUUGGAUGAAGGUGGGAGGAAUUCCUAUGCAUCUGUGGGAAUUGGCAACACUCACUGCUAUAGGAAAGAAGAUUGGUAAAAUUAAGGAUCUCAAUGAGGAAACAGGAAGCAUUUGUGUCACGGUAAAUAGAUUCAAUCCGCUGCUCUUCAAUUUGGUGGUCCCUUUUGAUACCGGUGAUGAGGUGGUGGUCACUAUAGAAUAUGAGAAGCUGUCAGGUUUUUGCAAACAUUGUCUCAGAUUAACACAUGAUGUGUUGGUCUGUCCGGAGCUGAAGAAUGGCCCUGCUGGUCGAGGAAUUGUGGAUCAUGGGGAUAAGAGGGGGGUACAGCGGCAUCAGGCUAUGGCACAACAGGGUCCUGCACAGCAUGAUGGUGGGUGGGAGAAACCAAAAAAACAUGUUAAACGGGCUUUGGGUUUCCAGUCUGAGCAGUCCAUUGAGAGGAGACAUCCUCAGUUUUGAGGUGGUGAGUCUACUUCUUCUGGUUUUCCUCUCCAUGUGCGGAAUCAAGGUCCUGUUUGGGGACAGAAGCAGAGAUAUCAGGGUGGUGGGUCUGGUAUUACUUUGGGUUAUGCUCCUUCUGAUUCGCAGAUGGUUGGGAGCGACAUGAUGGACUCGUUCACGGGUUUGCCAGCACAUAGAAAGGAAAUAGACCAGUGUGGCCCAAACCAUUGUACAAGGCUAAACAGGCUUCUAGUGAGAAGAACUCUCAACGCUUGGAUCACGGUGGUGCUUCCUCUGGGGUGACUGAGGAUAUUUCAAUGGAGGUGUCAGUGGAGAAUGGUUCAGGAGGUGGUGAAGAGGAUACUGAGGAACCGAUGUUUAAUGAAAGUACUGAUGACUUAUUAGAGGAUGGUGAAGUCAAUGAUGCUGACAAAUCGGAAGAGCAAGAAUCGGGUUUAGUAACUGUUGCUGGUUCUGAAUCGGGUUUAGAUGCGGAGGGUAAUGCUAUCCAAGGCAAGGGCAAUAAACCAGUGACGAUAGGGAAUCAACGUCACAAGACAAAAUAUGGUAUUCCUGUUGGCGGAGGGAGUCGUCUUCUUAAGAAAGGGACGGUGGCGCUCCCGAAACCACUGGCUCAAACGUGAAGAUCCUAAGCUGGAACUGUCAGGGCAUUGGGGUAGACCUGACAGAAAAUUAUUUGGGUGAUUUGUAGAAAAAGCAUCGACCAGACAUUUUAUUUUUAUCAUAAACAAAGAAAUGUACUUCUUAUUUACAAAAAUUUCAGAAUAAAUUUGGUUAUAACAAAUUGUUUACUGUUGA